AUGUCCAUUGCUGACACCGAUUCUUCAUUCUCCAGUGAAGAAAAAAGCCUAUUCCGUCCGUUCACCCGCGAUUCACUGAGGGCCAUCGAACAGCGUAUAGCUGAAGACCAUGCUAAACAGAAAGAACUUGAGGAAAAAAGAGCUGAAGGGGAGGUUCGGUAUGAGGACGAGGACGAAGAUGAAGGUCCCCAGCCGGACGCGACUCUGGAACAAGGAGCUCCGCUGCCGGUCCGUUUGGUCGGCACGUUUCCACCGGAAUUAGCGUCCGUACCGCUCGAGGAUAUCGACCCUUACUAUCACAAUCAAAAAACUUUUGUAGUAAUUAGCAAAGGAAAAGAUAUCUUCAGGUUCAGCGCCACCGACGGCCUCUGGGCACUCGACCCCUUCAACCCUAUCCGCCGGGUGGCUAUUUACAUAUUAGUCCACCCGAUAUUCUCUGUAACAAUCAUCACUACUAUACUUACAAACUGUGUGUUCAUGAUAAUGCCCCCAACUCCGACUAUUGAAGCGUCUGAAGUAAUAUUUACCGGCAUCUACACAUUCGAAUCGGCUGUGAAAGUAAUGGCCCGAGGUUUCAUAUUAGAACACUUCACCUAUCUUAGAGAUGCAUGGAAUUGGCUAGACUUCAUUGUUAUUGCAUUAGCUUACGUUACUAUGGGUAUAGAACUUGGAAAUUUAGCGGUUCUUCGAACAUUUCGAGUACUGCGAGCGCUCAAAACUGUAGCCAUUGUGCCUGGAUUAAAGACUAUCGUUGGAGCUGUGAUAGAAUCCGUGAAAAACCUCAGGGAUGUCAUUAUAUUAACAAUAUUUUCACUAUCUGUGUUCGCAUUACUGGGAUUACAAAUUUAUAUGGGCGUGUUAACACAAAAAUGUAUAAAGUAUUUUCCCACUGACGGUUCAGCUGGAAAUUUAACCAAUGAAAAUUGGGUUGCCUUCAUGUCGAAUAAAUCAAAUUGGCAGGAGGGUGAAGAGGAACCAGAAGAUUAUCCAUUAUGUGGGAACGGUACAGGCGCUGGUCAAUGCAAAGAAGGUUAUAUGUGUAUCCAAGGUUUUGGAGCAAAUCCUAAUUAUGGAUAUACAAGUUUUGAUACAUUUGCAUGGGCUUUACUGUCGGCAUUUAGAUUAAUGACUCAAGACAACUGGGAAGCAUUAUACCAACAGGUGUUAAGAGCCGCUGGACCAUGGCAUAUGUUCUUCUUCAUUGUGAUUAUAUUCCUCGGUUCGUUCUAUCUUGUCAAUUUGAUAUUAGCUAUCGUAGCGAUGUCGUACGACGAGUUGCAGAAAAAGGCGGAAGAAGAAGAGGCAGCCGAGGAAGAAGCCAUCAGGGAAGCGGAACAAGCAGCUAAAGACAGGGAAGUCCGGAGGCAAGCUCACGAGGAAAGAGUGGCGGAGCGUGCGGAGAGAGCACGGCACGUCACCCAACAUCCGAAAUCGCCUUCGGACUUUUCGUGCCAAAGCUACGACAAUAUGUUUACCGGUGGCCAAGACCGGGGAAUGGGUAACGAUCAUCAUCGAGAGAAAAUGAGCCUGCGAUCGGUGUCAAUCACGAGCCAUGACAAACACUCGGACACCGGGAGUGUGGACAGGCAGAGUGGCAAAACAAGAAAAGCCAGUCUCAGCCUGCCGGGAUCGCCGUUCAACAUCCGACGGGCAUCACGUGGUAGCCACCAACUUUCUCACCGAAACGGUAGACCUAGGUUUACCGGAGCGGACACCAAGCCGUUGGUCUUAAACACGUUACUUGACGCGGAGGAACACUUGCCGUACGCCGACGACUCGAACGCAGUGACGCCCAUGAGCGAGGAGAAUGGCGCCAUCAUCGUGCCCGUGUCAUACGCGAACUUCGGUUCGAGGCACAGCAGUUACACGUCACACACGUCCCGAAUUACGUACACGUCGCACGCGGAUCUGUUCAAACCACCCAUGACCAAGGAGAGGCAGCUCAGGUCGAGGUCGGCCAGAAACUAUUUCAACCCAUCCGAUCAAAGAUACAACCGAGAUGACGAUUACGAUUCUAGUUCCAUGUCCAAAUCGAAACAACAAGUCGACGAGUGCGGGUACAACGAUUCGCAAAAGCACACGGUUGUCGACAUGAGAGACGUGAUGGUGUUGAACGAUAUCAUCGAACAGGCAGCCGGACGUCAGAGUAGGGGUAGCGAAAAAGCAGUGUCCACGGUGUACGUGUUUCCAACAGAUGAGGAUGCGGUAGAUGGCGAGGAUGAAGAGGAAGAAGAUGAGGAACCUACUUUUCGGGAAAGUUCCAAGUAUGGUUAUUGA